AGUCCCACUGGUACUAUAGUCACAGCCAAGCCACCCAUCCCUCCCAUCUCAUUACAUUGCCAAGACAAGGUCGGAGAUGUGGCAAGUCUACAGACAAGUGAUAAAACCACAAUCUCUUGUUUUUUUCUUUUUUGGACACAACAACAAAAUCUUGUACUAUAUUUUCUCUUUGCUCAGGGUGUGAACUUGAACGGUUAUGGCGUCCAUUAGUAUGACAUCCUGGGGUUGAAUGUUGACCUAUAAAAGCCAGACGUGGUGUUUAGAAACAACAUCAACAAACAGAACACAAACCUCUCCAAGCUGUGGCAUUGUCCUGGACGGUGACCGUGGCAUGAGAAAGUCCUGUUGGGGAAUUUGGUCGUGCAAUGCUCUCUGUCGAUUGCUUUAGAGUUGAAAGAAAGCCAGGAUUUCCUAAUGCUGAGAAUGGGGAGCUCUCAACAGAUUGAUCUGCAACAGGGGACAGCCCAUUCUUUAGAACAGGCAGCAGACUAGAAACAUAGAGCUGUGGAGGGGUGUGGGAGAACAGAGAGCCUGAGAAAGCCUCUUCAGCUGGGGUACGAGAGGGAGAGGUACAGACCUGUUGAACAGCCACUGACUGACUACAUCCUGUUUUGUCUUCCAAUAGCAGCCCAUCAUGGACCCCUUCUACAUAGACAUCCACAUGGGGUUCCUGAAGCCCCAGUGCUCGCUGGCUCCGCCUCCCCAGCGUGGACGCUCGGGGGAGGCCUGCUCCUGUUUCACCGGCAUGUGUCACCUCCACCAGCGCCGGAUAUCUACAGGUAACACUCAACGCCAUCUCCACAUCCCAUCGCCAUCUGCCCCGUCAUGGCAGACUCAGCACCUGGGAAGACACCUGUAUGAAAUAAAUUCAUCAGGCCAGGUGACCUCAUCACCCCUGGGCUCUCCCACUUCCCACCGGGGCAUGCACCCAUCCCUGCUCAGCCCGUCCUCCAUGGGGCCCUCGGGCUCCCUGCACUCUCCCAUCAGCACCCUGAAUUCUCCCAUGAACGGCCUGGGCUCGCCCUUCUCUGUCAUCAGCUCCCCCAUGGGCCCACACUCCAUGUCCUCGCCCGGCAUGGGCUACGGCCCCAGUGUCAGCCCCCAGCUGAACUCCCCGAUGAACUCGGUCAGCAGCUCGGAGGACAUCAAGCCCCCCCUGGGUCUCAACGGGGUGAUGAAGGUGCCCGCCCAGCCCUCACAAGGGUGCAUGCCCCUCUCCCUCACCAAACACAUCUGUGCCAUCUGCGGGGACCGCUCGUCAGGUAAACACUAUGGAGUGUACAGCUGUGAGGGCUGUAAAGGCUUCUUCAAGAGGACAGUAAGGAAGGACCUGACCUACACCUGCCGAGACAACAAGGACUGUCUGAUCGACAAGCGCCAGCGCAACCGCUGCCAGUACUGUCGCUACCAGAAGUGUCUGGCCUGUGGAAUGAAGAGAGAAGCCGUCCAGGAGGAGCGCCAGCGGGCCAAAGAGCGCAGCGAGAACGAGGUGGAGUCCACCAGCGGCGUCAACGAGGACAUGCCCGUGGAGAAGGUCCUGGAGGCCGAGCUCGCUGUGGAACCCAAGACCGAGACCUACACCGAGACCAACCUGGGCAUGCCAUCCAACUCGCCCAACGACCCGGUGACUAACAUCUGCCAAGCAGCCGACAAGCAGCUCUUCACGCUGGUGGAGUGGGCCAAGAGGAUCCCCCACUUCUCUGAGUUGCCCCUGGACGACCAGGUCAUCCUCCUACGAGCAGGGUGGAACGAGCUCCUCAUCGCAUCCUUCUCGCACCGUUCGAUAGCGGUGAAAGAUGGGAUCCUCCUGGCAACAGGGCUCCACGUCCAUCGUAACAGCGCCCACAGUGCUGGAGUGGGAGCCAUCUUUGACAGAGUGCUCACAGAACUGGUAUCCAAGAUGAGAGACAUGCAGAUGGACAAGACAGAGCUGGGUUGCCUUCGGGCUAUCGUCCUCUUCAACCCAGACUCUAAAGGCCUGUCUAACCCAGGUGAGGUGGAGGCUUUGAGAGAGAAGGUCUACGCCUCUGAGGCCUACUGCAAACAGAAAUACCCAGAUCAGCCUGGCAGGUUUGCCAAGCUGUUGCUACGGUUACCAGCCCUGCGCUCCAUUGGUCUGAAGUGUCUGGAGCACCUGUUCUUUUUCAAGCUCAUCGGGGACACGCCCAUCGACACCUUCCUCAUGGAGAUGCUAGAGGCGCCCCACCAAAUGACAUAACUGCAGGCGGUGCGUCACCCGUGUUCCCCCCCACCCCCUCCACCCCUAACCCGCUGGACAGCGAGAGUGGUCCUGCAAACCGUUCCCCCUUGAGAGACUGAUGUCUCCUCCCUUUCUACCCUCUUUGAUGUGUUUCAAAAAACAAGUUCAAUGUAUAUGGUUCUGUUUUAUAUAUUGUACAAAUAUAUAUAAAUAUAUAUAUAUAACUCAUGAGAGACAACGAUGGACUGGAGAUGAAACGGACCGAGGAGAAAAUAAGUGUUUGAAGCCAUUGUUUUGUAAGGUGAAACAACAGCAGAGUAGACCAGGUGUAACAUGUAGCUGUUGAACUGUUCCAUCAUUGGAUGCACAGCAGCGUAGUAAUUGGGACAAUCGUGUUUUGGACUUGUUGAAGAGAGGCGGGGCUGCAUGGGCUGUCCCU